UCGAGUCCUAAACAUGAAGAUCCUCGUUGCAUUCGCAUUGAUAGGUUUGGUGGCCGGAAAGGCAGUCAUAGACUCCCCUGUGGAGCUCGACUACCAUGGAAAGAUCGGCAUUCCUGUCGCAGCUCGCCUCAAGGCGGCUGAGGAGGCGCAGGACUUCGAUGGAUCCAGGAUUGUAGGAGGAUCACCGUCGGCUGUGGGACAGCAUCCGUACAUCGGCGGCUUAGUAAUCACCCUAACAACCGGCCAGACCUCCGUCUGCACGUCCUCACUUCUCUCCGCCACCCGCUCCAUCACCGCCGCCCAUUGCUGGAGCACCCUGACCCACCGAGCCGCGUCCUUCACCGUGGUCCUUGGCUCUAAUCUGCUUUUCACCGGUGGCACCAGGGUCACCACCAGCGAUGUGGAGACGCACAGCAGCUGGAAUGGUCUUUUGCCAGUGAAUGAUGUUGCGAUCAUUAGGUUCCCUGCGAUUUCUUUAACUAACGUCAUCCAGCCCAUUGCGAUCGCCACCGGCAGCGACAGCUUCAUUGGUAGCACUGCCAUUGCUGCUGGCUUCGGUCUCACCAGUGAUGGUGGCGCGAUCACAACGAACCAGUUCCUCUCGCACGUGGCCGUCACAGUGGUGGAAAACUCCGUAUGCACGGCUGUAUACUCCAUCCUGAACGUGCGCACAUCCACGCUCUGCACUUCUACCACUGGUGGCCGAGGGACUUGCGGUGGUGACUCAGGCGGUCCUCUAGUCGUUGACAACCAGCUGGUCGGUAUAACCUCCUUCGGGCACCGCGACGGCUGCGAGGUCGGCUACCCCGCGGGCUUCAUGCGCGUGACCUCUUUCGCUGACUGGAUCCAGGCUCGAUUGUAAACAUAAAUGGCGUAAUAUUCUUAAUAUACCCAUUACAACAUA